AUGGCCACUACGCAAUUGCAGAGAACCCCCAUGAGUAUGUUGGUAUUUCCCAGUAAGAUAUCAACUGAGCAGCAGUCUUUAAUAUUAGUGAAGAGGCUUCUAGCAGUUUCAAUAUCCUGCAUCACGUAUUUGAGAGGAAUAUUCCCAGAAUGUGCUUAUGGAACAAGAUAUCUAGAUGAUCUGUGUGUCAAAAUUCUGAGAGAAGAGGAGAAUUGUCCAGGAUCUACACAGUUAGUGAAGUGGCUGUUAGGAUGCUAUGAUGCUUUACAGAAAAAAUAUCUAAGAUUGGUUGUUCUAGCUGUAUACACUAAUCCAGAAGACCCUCAGACAAUUUCAGAAUGUUACCAGUUUAAAUUCAAGUACACCAGUAAUGGACCAAUCAUGGACUUCAUAAGUAAAAACCAAAGCGGUGAAUCUAGUAUGUCAUCUGCUGACACCAAGAAAGCAAGUAUUCUUCUCAUUCGCAAGAUUUAUAUUCUAAUGCAAAAUCUGGAACCUUUACCUAAUGAUGUUUGUUUGACCAUGAAACUUUUUUACUACGAUGAAGUUACACCCCCAGAUUACCAGCCUCCUGGUUUUAAGGAUGGUGAUUGUGAAGGAGUGAUAUUUGAAGGAGAGCCUAUAUACUUAAAUGUGGGAGAAAUCCCAACACCUUUUCACACCUUCAAAGUAAAAGUGACCACUGAGAAAGAACGAAUGGAAAAUAUUGAUUCAACAAUAUUAUCACCAAAACAAUUAAAAACACCACUUCAAAAAAUUCUUAUGGACAAAGAUGAUUUCAAAGAUGAACAGGAGCAUUACAUAAGUGAUAAUUUUGACAUUGAAACUAAAAUGGAAGAGCAGAAGAAAAAACCUGGAUCUUCUGAACUUGGAGAACCAGGUGUAGUUUGUGAAGAAGAUGAAACUAUGAGGUCUAAAGAAAGUCCAGAUCUUUCAAUAUCUCAUUCUCAGGUUGAGCAGGUAGUCAGGAAAACAUCUGAACUUGAUGUGUCUGAAAGCAAAACAAGAAGUGGAAAAAUCUUUCAGAAUAAAAUGGCUAAUGGAAAUCAACAAGUAAAAUCUUCUAAGGAAAAUCGGAAGAGAAGUCAGCUUGAAUCUGCGAAAACAAUCCUUCGUCACUUUGAUUCUUCUAGUCAAGAGUCAGUGCCAAAAAGAAGAAAGCUUAGUGAACCAAAGAAAAAUACAUAA